ACCACAGGGUGUUAGCAAUCAAACGUUUGUGUUGGUAAUGAGGCAAGAAAGCAAUGGAGUCAAUUUCAUACUCUUGUUGUUGACCGUUGCUGUAAGAUGAUAAGAUGAAUCCGUUAACGAAUGUUAGAAACAUUGCCAAGCUGAAUGAGCAAGAACUGAAAUAUGGAAUCUUUGAUCAUAGAAAGUCCUGGCAUAGUCAAUAUAAAGACAGUGCAUACAUUUUCAUUGGUGGUUUGCCCUAUGAGUUAUCUGAGGGUGAUAUACUAUGUGUGUUUUCACAAUAUGGAGAAAUUGUGAACAUAAACUUAGUGAGAGACAAAAAGUCUGGGAAAUCUAAAGGUUAUGGGUUCCUUGCAUAUGAAGAUCAAAAGAGCACCAUUCUGGCAGUUGACAAUUUUAAUGGCAUAAAGCUUGGUGGAAGGACGAUCAGAGUGGAUCAUGUUGAGGAGUACAGGCGACCUAAAGGAGACGAAAAAGAUGAAAAAGGGAAAUUCAAAGAGAAAGAAGAGAAAGGCUGUGCUCCGCAGACACCACCAGAAUCAGAGGAGGAAGAAUCUGAUCUUGAUAAGAAAGGUAAGAAGAAGAAGGCAAAAAAGGUGAAAAAGAAGAAAAAGAAGAAAAAAGACAAUAAAAGCGAAAAGAGAAACGGAGAAGAAGGUCUCGAAAAAGGAGAAAGCAUGGAGUCUUCAGGGGGAGAAAGUUCUCCUGAAGAGGUGUCUAGAAAGCAUCGCAGAGAGGAUGCUGCUCGUACAGCUAUCGCCGGAAAAGAUAAGCAUCGAGAAAGCGAAGAAAAAAUUAAGGACAAGUAUGGACGAGCACACAGCCGCGAAAAGGAAGAUUCCAAAAAGCACUAUUCUAGAGAAGAGAGGUGGCAAGUACACAGGGACGAUAGAAAGCAGAGUGAAUAUUCCAGAUCUAGAAACAGAAACGAACGCCAAACUCAUGAGAGGCCUCGUGAUCAUCGUGGUAAACGAAGCCGCAGUAGAAGCCCACCAUACCGAAGGUAGCACGUCCAAUUUAGACUUUUACUCAGAGGAGUCAAUCAGGUACUGGUUCAGAAAGGGCGACCGCUGAAAUCAGCACCUACGUCACAGGUUUCGUGUUGUGGAAACGAUCACCUCAUUGAUUAUCACGAAGCUAUUUCGUUUCAAAAUCCGAUACAGCUCGAGAAUUGCAUGUCAUUUUUAUGUGCUACUUUGGUUGGUUUUGUAACUAACCACCUCAGAUAUAAUGAGUGCUUUUGACAGAAUAGGAUUUCCUUUUCAAAAUUUCCGAAAUAUCAAGGACCACUUUUGCUAUGCUACUUAGAUUACAGCAUAAGACAAUUUACACACUGAGGUACGCUAGCUAUAUAUGUAUGUAUAAUUUCGAUAUAAGGACGUAAGGAAGGAUGAUGGGACGACAAAUUUCUGGAAUGCGCCACUUGAAUGUUUUUGUAAUGGUGUAUUUUAUAUCGGUUUAAUGUUUAUAUAUGAUGUAUUAAGGUAACAAACUUGACCAUUACAAAAACGUGAAUAAUACUCUUGCCGUCAAAAGGAAGUUUCUUUUAUGGUACCUUUAAAUAUGUGUAUUAUGAUUGUGGUGUUUAUUUUACAAUAUCUACCUUAUGGAAUAGA